UUCCUCAUUUCAAACGGCAAAAGAGAUUGAGCGCAGUUAAGUUUGGAGAGAUCAAUCAUUUUAAAGACUCAAAGAAGACAUCAUACAUAAACUUUAGCAAAGAAGAAGAAGAAGUUAAUAUCAUCCCACAGUUACAAAUGGAGCAAGCUUCUGCUAAAAUCACCCUACUACUGGGACAGCUUUCACAAGAGCAAUUUGACCGUAAAGGCAUUCUGAAAGAAUUAUUUAUGAUAACACGGACAACAAAAAGCACCACAGGCUGGGAUCCCAAAUUGAAUGUGGAGGUUUGCAAGACGAUUGCUCUUUUUGUGUCUCAAGACUACUCUGAUGACAUUCGAGCCUUAAUUUAUAACAUAUAUACAAAUGUACUUUCAGUUGAACAUGCUGGUAAAAUCUUAGAGAUGAGAAUUCUUAAAGAUCCGGAAGAAGUGCUCAGACGAUUGACUGAUCAUUUCAACAAACUAACCCUGGAAUGUGGAAAUGGUUUAGCUUUUGCCAGAUCUGAGAACAAGGCUGACACGCAAGGACGUCUAAAAGAGCACACAGCAGGUCCUCAUGGUGAAUCCACUCAAACUACAGAUUACAAACCCAAAUGGUUGCCAAACAGCCUUAAGUGGAAAGAAACGUAUCAGGAGCUUGUCAGCAGUGUAAAGGAAGGGAAACUAACCUUAACCAUAAUUGGGAAUGGGAGCAUGAAGUACGUGAAUAAAGAUGAAUUCCGCAUAGCAAUGGGAAAAAAUGGUACUGAAGUGUUUUUGGGGCUGAGAGAUGAUGGCACUGAAAUUGCUAUUAAGAAAAUGACCAGAUGCAACUAUGAAGUGCUGAAGAAUGAGGAAGGAUUUCUACGACUUCCAGAGCUUGAUUAUUCAUCCAUUGUGAGAUACAUGGCCUUUGCAGAGGAUGAAAACUUUGGAUAUCUUGGUCUUCAACUUUGUGAAUGCACCUUGGAAGAAUACAUUAAAACUCAUGGCGAUGAUGGGCAGAGAAAGACAGUUGUCUUUCAGGUUCUCAAGGGUUUAAGGGUUCUUCAUUGUCAGGAUCGUCCCAUUCUCCACCGGGACCUCAAACCACAGAAUGUUCUGAUCGAUGUUAACGGGAGGGCACGACUGGCUGAUUUUGGCAUCAGUAGACGGUUACCCAAAGACCAAACAACUUACCGCACAGGAAAAGACGGAACAAGAUGUUGGAUGGCCAAGGAAACUUUAUCAGAAAAAGACGAAACCAAGAUACCGUACAAGUCAAGCUCUGACAUACAGGUGGCAGGGAUGCUGAUUUAUUAUAUCCUCUCCCGAGGACACCAUCCUUUUGGAGAAGAAUCCUUUGAAUUUGAAUACAACAUUGUUAAAGGGAUCUACGCUUUGGAGCAUGUUCAAGACGUGUUGGCAAAAGACCUCAUUAAGUGGAUGAUUGAUGCAGAACCAGAGAAAAGACCUAAAGUGGAAGAAUGCUUGAAUCAUGCCUUCUUCUGGAACCCUUACAGGAAAGUAGAAUACUUGAAGAAGAUUGGAGACAGGAAGGAGGUGGAAAGAUAUAAAGAUGCUGACCAGGAAUUCAUUUCUUCACUGGAUAAGUGUGCUGGGGAUGGAGCCUUUAACGGGUGGAAACAUACGUUUCCACCAGAGUUAAUGGAAAAGAUGGAAGGCAAGAAGAAAUGCUACCCAGAAAACACGUUGGGAUUACUGCGCUUCAUACGAAACCUCCAUCACCAUGCCAAGGAGGCAGCAGAAAUGGAUCUGUUGAUGAUGUUUCCUAAUCUCAUGGAGUAUGUUUAUAUAUUUGCCAAAAGCAAAGGGUGGAAUUACGAGACACCUCUGAUGGAAAUGUGUAGAACAGAAUUGCCACAAAUAUACGGCAUCACCACCAUAGUUGCAUCAACACCGAAGAACUCUGAAGCGGAUGUUCCACUCUCUGUUCAAGAAUCUCCACGCAUCUUUACUCUGCCAACUGCAAAUGAACACUUGGCUGGUUUACGCAGAUUUUCAAUUUAGAACUUGAUUUUGGUCUAAAUUACGUCUAGAAAAAUGGGUGACUGCAUUAACAGAUUAUUACACAAUAUUCUUAUUGUUACUCAAUAAGUAAUACUUAAAUCUUAACUAUAGUUGCCAAUCUUAAAGGUCCCAUGUCUUGGCCAUUUCUACUGAUCAUAAUUCCAUUGUUGAGGUCUAUUAGAAUAGAUUUAUAUUGUUCAAUAUUCCAAAAUCACAUUGGUUUUCUCAUACAGCAUCUUUGUAUAGUAUGUGUAUUCACUCUCUGUCCUACACGCCUUGUUCGAGCUCCUGCCCCCGUCCCUAUGAGCCCACUGUGCUCUGAUUGGUCAGCUCACCCACUCUGUUCUGAUUAGUCAACCACCGUUACAGCUGAACAUCAGCGGUGGUUGACUAAUCAGAACUGGUCCGCCCUGGGGCUCGAGGAGCGGACAGUGUGAGGUGGAUUACUGGUGUUGUUUCCUGGUUGCUGCGUGGCGUUUAUGAGACAGCGAGACACUGAGCUCCGUGGUGUCUCGUCGGCAUGGCACUUGGUCUAUAUCCAGCAUCCAGGGAAACACAGCGCGAAAUCCACCUCACACUGUCUGCUCCGGGAGCCAUGCAGGGCGGACUCCUGAGCUGCUCGGGAGUCCACCCUGGCAGAGGGUGUGCCUAUUGUUCUUUAGCUGUGUGCCAAUUGGUCAAUUUGGACGUACAGUAGUUACGUCAAUGGGCCCCGGAAGAAAAAAAUGGAAAAGAAAAUUCUACAACGAGGCAUUCUGGGGCAGCAUAGACACGUCUUUUCUGUGUUAGAGUUUUACUCGCUACAGGGUUUACUUUGAGGGUUUGUGACUUUGCAGACCGUUUACAAAAAGCUAUAGAUAACACACAAGCGGACGGGUAAUACCCAGAAAAGCAUAUGAUGGGACCUUUAAGAAUGUAUUUUGGAUUCAUACGUGUUUUCAAGGGGAAAUAUUACUGGAAUGAAUAAAUAGGCCCACAUUUAACUAUAAUGUAGUGUUUUAAUACAAGAUUGAAAACACUUUUCUAAUGCGAAGUUUGCUUGUGAUAUAUGUGUUGGUCAUCAAUAAAGGGAAUGGGGAAUAAUCAGAGAGAUCAAGGGGCGUUGGGGAACACCAGUGCGAAACCUGCCUCGGCCGCCACUGCGUCAAGCCGUUGUGCCCUUGGGCAAGACACUUGACCCUAAUUUGCUCCUGUGGGUAUUGUCCACAGUAAUAACUGUUACAUGUCUGAUAUGUGUAAUAUGUAUUGUAAAAGCUUUGAGCACAUGGAAAAGCGCUCUAAUCAAAACAUGUAAUGAAUUAUCAUUAUUAUUAUUCAAGCAAAGUCAUUUAUGUGGUGUUGAAUCUUUUGUCUACAAUUGAUGUGUGCAAAAUAACAGCUGGCCCUAGGGACGUGGCUUGGGAACCGGAAGGUCACCAGUUCAAGUCCCUGAAAGACCAAGUGCUACCAAGGUGUCCCUGAGCAAGGCAUUGUUCCCCACACUGCUCCCUGGGUGCCGUACAUAUGGCAGCCCACUGCUCUUAACACUAGUAUUGGUCAAAUGCAGAAUGUAAUAGAUCAUCUCACAUUUGUCACAGAGGUGGGAUGAUCAAGGAAUCCUUUCUUCUUCUCCUAAACUGUACAUGCAAACUUGAGUAUCUACAUAAAUGAGUUAAAAAUCU